AUGCCCGCACCUGCGGCAAAGGUACGCAAACAAAGGCUUGUUGCUCCAAAAUGCAGGGGCUGCAAGCAGAAGAUUCCACCUGCUGAGUGUGCUCCAAACUUUCCAGGCUGUCACCCAUGCAAGAGGGCAUUAGACAACAUCAACAAGUUGGCUCAUCGCCAAGGUAAAGAAGCUGUUGCUUUCGUCAAGAAGCAGAGGGAAGAUGAUGACGGUUGCUUUGCCAUGGUUCAGUCCUACAUGGAACUUUGCCCGGAGUCCAUGGAUGGUGCCAAGAACAAAAAGCGGGGAACUUGGUCCGUUGCCCGCUACCAAGAGCGCACAGAGGCUGCGUCUGGCUUCAUUCGGGACAAGGUGGGUGAGAUGAUGGGGAGGAAGUUGUACAUAGAGUUUGCGCAAACAACUCGUGGUGGAAAGAAGAGUGAUGACCAAGCUGCUGCUCAGUGGACAGAGUGGGAGCAAAAGAUUGGGGAGAAGGACCCAAAUGUCUACCAUGACUUUUUGGGUGAGAAUGGCGCCUUGCGAAUUUGGGUUCACACAGCCGAUGAGAUGCGGAUGAGGUCUUCUUACAUGCAAUCAAAAGAGCUGGUUGGCGAGGUUGAAACCGUCAAGAAACCAAAAGCUGCAGACAUUGAGCGCAUAAAAGGCCAACUCGGGACAAAGCACGAAACUAUGUCUGAGCAGAGCAGCAUAUGCGCUGCCAUGCUCAAGAAUGGGGAGAUGGCCUUCCAAGGCAACGACAACUUUUUGCUGGAUGUGACGGAGCUCUUGGGAAAGACGGGGGCGUCAGAAGUAGAAACCACUACAGAAACCUCAGAGCCACAAACCCCCAACAACUCUCCAGACAAGACCAAGCCAUGGGUCGAGAGAGACCGUGUGGUUUCAGCAACACUUCGCUCAGCUAAGCUGCAGAUCGAGGCCUUCAAGGUGAAAGCUCAGCAAGGUUUGGACAAUUUGAAGGCAAAGCUCGAGGAGCACAAGGCCAACAAGGAGGCUGACUUCCUAACAAACUUCGCUGGUGAGCUCAAGGUCUUGGAGGUUCGCGUCGAGGCUCUCAAGCUUGUCUUGGAAUCGAAAGAUGAGGACAAGGUGAAGGAGUUCAUUGCCAGGUUCAGUGCUGAGAUCCCACAAGACGCGGAGAUCCAUGAAAGCAAGGUUGAACUUGGGAGGGCGCCUCCUUGUGAGCUCUACUCUCAGCUCAAGCCCUUUUGCGUUUUGGAGCAGACUGCUGAGAGGUACCACCAAUGCACUCUUCCUGCCCAUGUGAAGGAGGUCACUGAGCAACUCACCAAGCUUCGUGCUCCAAUGACUCAGUUGCUCGGGAAUGGUUUGAAGGCCGAGAAGACCUUGAAGACGGCUGUGGAGCAGCUGAAGAAAGCUGCAGAGAAAAAGCAGGAGAAGGCUAGCAAGGCGAAGAAGGCAAAUGCUUCUCCAAGUAUUCCUAUCUUCGACCAAGGUGCUUCAAUGGCUACUCAGGUUGAGAAACUUGCAGCUGGGGCGAAAGUGAACGCUUCAAAGCCUUUCUUGAUGGAUUGCAGCUCUGUUGUAUCCACUUUGAAGGAAGAUGGCAAGCUGACCCAGCAGCAGGCUGCCAGUUUCAAAGUGACUUUUGAUGAGGACCGCAAAAAGGCAAAAGGCAUUCGAGUGUCAUUGCGUUUGGAGGCCACGGACGACAAAUCCGUUCAGGAGAUGACAGGUGCCAUCUACCAGAUCUUCGAGCCAGUCAAAGCCCUUGCCGAUCUGACAACCUCUCCUGAGUGCCUCAAGCCCUCCCUGGUUGCGAGCUUUUUUGGAGUGGACGCCGGGUAUGACAAGGUCAGCGCAGAAUCUUUUGGACUUGCCACAGGUCGGCUGUGCUUGGAGGGCACGCGGUGUGUUGUGGCCACUGAGAUGAUGCAACUCAGUGGCUUCAUGGAGAGGAAGGGGAUCGCAGGCCCGAUUCCUGCGGCAAAAAUGACAAGUUUCUUCAAGGCAAUGAACCCUGCAAUGCUGGCCGAAUUCACCAAGGAGUGCUCGCUGUGGACCUGUACAGUCUCGGCCGGCGAUUUCUUGUACACGCCCUAUGGCUUUCUUCAAGCUGAGCUGGUGUCACAGCCAACUCUUGGAAUUCGGGUGCCGCUCAUUUGCAAGGAGAGCUCUCAUGGCAAUGCAGUGGUGGCAGCUACGAAGCGAAUGGAAGAGAUGGACAGGUUGCGGGGAACUACCACCAAUGGGGAAGACCGCAUCAAAAUGGCCAAGGAGUUAGAGGUCUUGAAGGCCAUCUUGGACACCAUGAACAAGGAUGACAAGUCUUCGUAA